AUGGACGGCUCCUUCCGGCCGCGUUUCUUCACGCCGCGGGAGGUGGCGGUGCACAACCGGCCGUGUGACCUCUGGGUCUCCUACCUGGGGCGGGUGUACGACCUCAGCCCCCUGGCCGAGGAGUACAGGGGGGACCUGCUCAUGAAGCCUCUCCUGGAAGUGGCGGGAAGAGACAUCAGCCACUGGUUCAACCCUAGAACCAAAGACAUACAGACACACAUCGAUCCCCUGACCAGGUGCCUCAAGUACUACACACCUCAGGGCCGCUUUGUGCACAUCCCGCCGCCUCUUCCCCGCUCGGACUGGGCCAACGAUUUCGGGGUGCCCUGGUGGAAAAACCCCGUGUACGAAAUAGGCAUCUUGUCGGCUAAAACCCGGCACAUUCGGAUCAUCAACACUCUGACUUCUCAGGAGCAGACCCUCGAGGUCUGCUCAGAAGAAACCAUGUGGGAGAUCUUGAGGCGCUACCUGCCCUACAACGCCCACGCCGCCAGUUACACGUGGAAGUACCACGGCACCGUCCUGGACAUGGAGAAGAACCUUCACAACAACGACAUUCCCGACGAAGACGAGGAGUUCUACCAGCUCAACAUGGACGCCGACGCCUUCACCUCUGCCAUUUUGCUCUACUUCAACGACGACCUCACCGAGCUCUAGAAACUCGCCUAGUUUCCCUCCCAACCGAAAGCCCCCAGUUAGGUGCCCCUUCCCCUCGCCAGCAAUUGCAGGACGCCGAAGUUAUCUUUAGGGACGGCGGCUCACACCGUUCUCUCCAUGAGCAGACUUGGUGGAAAGGGAGAUGCAUCCUGAAUUACGACGGGUCCCUAAAAUACGACUUCUGGGUCUUGUGAACGUCCAGCUGAAUCUUUAAGGGCUCUCCUUGCUGUCGUUUGCUGCUGCGGCCACUAGAGGUCAGUCGUGGCUCGCUGUGCAGUCAUUUGGAAGCUCCGCCGUUGUUCUUAACAUGAU